AUGAACGGUGACACAACAACAGAAGGAUACGAAGUGGAGAGAUGUGGAGAAAGUGAAGCAAUUGAUGAAGAAUCAACGGUGUCUCCUGAUGCCGAGGAUCCUCUACAAAUUUUUCGUAUGCCAAAGAAGAUGAAAUUAGCCGAUAAUGUGAAAAAUUCCGAUGAAAUAAUUUCAAAAAAUCAGCGAUUUUGGAGAGAAACUCUUCAAAACCAAAAGAUUACCAAAGUCUUGGCACCAAUGGUGGAUCAAAGUGAACUGGCAUUUCGGUUAUUCACACGAAAGUAUGGUGCACAGUUGACAUUCACUCCCAUGAUCCAUGCUCAUUUAUUUGUCAACGAUGGAACAUAUCGCAGGAAUGCAUUGGCUUUAGUGAAAGCUGAUAGACCGCUCGUUGUACAAUUUUGUGCGAACAAAGUGGACACUUUUCUAGCUGCUUGCCGUCUUGUUGAAGACGUUUGUGAUGGAGUAGAUCUGAAUUUGGGAUGUCCGCAAAUGGUUGCGAAGCGAGGUCGAUAUGGUUCUUGGCUUCAAGACGAAGUAGAUUUGAUUUGUGAAAUGGUGUCAGCUGUAAGGGAUUACUGUAAGAUUCCGGUUUCCUGUAAAAUACGCGUAAGGGAUGAUCGUCAAGAAACAAUCAGCUACGCUACACGAUUAGUUGAUGCUGGAGCUACUAUGUUGACAGUUCAUGGUCGCACGAGAGAUAUGAAGGGAGCUGAGACGGGCCUGGCCGACUGGACGCGAAUCCGAGAUGUUGUAGAAGCUGUUGGAUCUAGAGUGCCAGUGAUGGCGAAUGGAAAUAUUCAGUUCCCAGGAGACGUUGAAAGAUGCAUGGAAGCGACGGGAGCAGUUGCAGUGAUGUCUGCUGAAGGGCUUCUCUACAACCCACUGAUAUUUGAUGAUGCUAACGCGCAUGUGGAAACAUGGAAAAUCGCAGCUGAAUAUCUUGAAUAUGCUAGGGAUUUCCAUGCAGGAACAAGCGCGAUUCGAGCUCACGUCUUCAGAAUUUGUCAUCAUAGCCUACUAGAGUAUGAAGAUCUUCGAAUGCGUGUUUCUCUGGAGCAUCGUGUCGAAGAUUUUGAGAAUAUCGUUGAAGAGUUGGGAAAGAGGGCGAGAGCAGAUGCAGAAGCAGGAAAAGAACGAGAAGUUGAAGCAAGAAAGUUAUUUGAAAGUAUCAGAAAUGGACAACUUAUGGAUGCCAUCGAAGUUUCAAAGCAACCUCAUUGGAUUUCAAAACCCUAUUUCCGUUUGAAAGAGGUUGCCAAAGAAUCGAUUGUUGGAGAAGGCGAGAAGACGUUCAGAGAAAAACAGAAGGAAAAACUCGCACAAACUGCCAAAGAAAUGGGCGUGUCUAUGAAACAAGCUCGUAAAAGAGAACGUCGUCAACUGACAGGAGCUCGGAUACUGGAAGCAAAGAAAAUCAAAUUUCCGCCAUGUGCGAGAUGUGGUCAGCCAGCUGGACAAGGAUGUGUUCAUAGCAAGUGCAAGAAAUGCUGUAGAUAUCAAUGCAAACAUGAACAUUUGGACUGUAAAGCUCAUCGUUAUCUUUUCGCUAAUCUGCCAUCUGAAUCUGUAAUCGAGGUCUGA